AUGAUGAGUGAUGAAUCAGCAGCUUUUUAUAAACUAAGUGCAACAAAAUGGAAUGGAGAUAAGAUUGAUUUUUCAGCAUUUGAAGGCUUUGUUUUGUUGAUUAUUAAUGUGGCAUCUAAAUGCAAGCUUGCUCCUAAGAAUUACGAGAAUUUUGCAAUGCUACUAGAAAGGUACUAUGAUAAAGGACUGAGGAUUCUCUUGUUUCCAUGCAACCAGUAUCUUAGCCAAGAGCCAGAGGACAUCAAUAAAAUACAUGAUAAGGUUUUUGACUACCUAAAAGGAGAUAACAAUGAAAAAGAUUUAAAUAAUAACAAUGAAAGAUUUGAGUUGUUUGAUAAGGUUGAUGUGUACGGGGAUAAUAAACAUGAAGUCUUUAAUCAUUUGACUAAAACCAAAAAUGGCAAGGGAAUAUUUAAUCUAAACUUCAUUAAGUGGAACUUUGAGAAAUUUCUUGUUGAUCGUUCAGGAAAGGUAGUAAAGAGGAUUUCGCCUUAUAAUACGAUUGAUGUGGAUGAUAAGUAUCUUCUGAACUGUAUCAAUAAUACAAAUUGA